UUUUUAUGGAUCCUCUGUGGUAUGAGUUUAGAUCUUCCCCUGCUUCCUUCUUACAGAAGAAUAGAACUAAUGUAGAAGGAUUGGUCCACGACCUCCUUCAGAUUCUUUAUUCUGAUGACAAGACUAUUACAUUAAAGCUGAAUGUAUUGGGCAUUUUACAAGAGCAUGGCUCAUUUUUAUUAGAUGAUAUAAACAGGCUUGAGCUGGUAUUGGGCACAUUAAAGAACAUCGUUAAAGAGCAGAGAAACACUGCAGAACCAAUUUAUAUGUCACAAGUACUUGUUACUAUUACCGAUUUAUUACUGCAAACUCAAUUUCUAGAGAGUGUGCAACCUUAUCUUAUAGAAUUUGUAUCAAUGCUUUUAGAAAUCAUCGAGAAACUUAAAACUGAGACAAAUCGCCUGCUGAGGUCAACAGCUUGUGAUUGUCUAAAGGAGAUAGAGCUCUCAAUACCAGGGCUAUUGUGUGAUAUUGUGGGUCAUCUCUUUGGCAUGUGUCAAGCUGAGAAUUCCUUUAUUCAUCAGCACUACAUGGGUCUCUUUGCUACUGCUCUUUGUCAUAAUGUGCAAAAAGUUGCUAUCUUGCCUAAUACUGAAAGUAAUUUUCCCGAUGAUGAAGGGACAGUAAGCAGUUCUUUGCGUGAUGUAUUGUUUCACGAUGGACGGAGACCUCAAGUAUUUGAACCUCCUCCGAAAUACUGGAAACUAUCAAAACAUAUAGCAAAAAUGCCUCUUAAUGAUGCCAUUAAAGUACCUGACAGUACCGAUCAGUCAGAGCUCAUGAAAGCUAUCUCCUUCCUUGUUGAUCACUGCCACUUGUUCACUACACACUUUAUGGUUCAAAUUAUCUUGAAAGUUAUGAGGAUUAUAUUAUGCAGCACCUUGUCACCAGUGAUGUUGAAGAGUCUAUUGCUUCGAUACUCUUGUUGCUAUGAUAUUCAAUUAUGGAAUAUGAUGCUACUAAUGAAAGUCUUGUUCACUGAAGGGAUUUGUGAUGAAAAGGAUGAGCUAGUUAUAUUAAGAAGGUUGAUAAUAAUGAGUGGCCAUCCUUGCUUGCCUUCACAUCAGUGUGCCAUAGCUAUUCAGUGGCUAUUGCAACUAGAGAAUGAUGAGCCAAAACAGUUUCUGAGUGAAGUUGAUUCUCACAUGCUUGAGCCGCUUCAACCAGUCGUGUUUGAUGCUGAUGAGAUAUUGUGGUUCAAACUAUUAACACUCUCUGGCAUAUAUCAAGACUCAAGUAAUGAUGAUAUUAUAACUGGUUUUAAAAGUGUACUCGGAGCAUUGCAGAAACCUUUAUUGUGUGGCAUAUCUGGGUCUCCAUGUCGACUGUUGUAUAGGAUAAUGCUGCUGUUCUUUGAAACUUUUGAUGACGACAUGAAAAAAUACAUUGAAAGAGUUGCUGCUAACAUUUUGGUAGCUCAUGCAGAAUUCACUCCACAGUCACUGGAUUUGAUGGCACUAGUUAGCAAGAGAAUGGAAAAUGAGACAAUGUCAGGCAGCAUAUUAUCUGAAGUAUGCCAAUGGCUGCAGACACUAGAGAUCAGUGAACUGUGUCUCAAACUUGAGUAUCAUCUCUGCCUUUGUACUGCUGCAGCCAAAUCUAAACAAGUUUGGCCUCAGAUUCCACUCCAAAUAUUGAAGAAGGUUAUAAUGGAUAGCUCAGUGUGUCAGGAAGGUGACUGGGACAUUGGUAAUGCUAUACUGCUAGCCCUUUGUACUCUAAUGAAAGUAUUACCUUCUGAUGGAACAGCAGCCAAAGAUCUGGCUAAUCUUUUGCUCACUAUGUCCAAGAGUUUCAUGGAUAUUGAUAUUCGUGACAGAGCAAGAAUUUAUCUCCAGAUUUUAUUGACAGUAUCAAAUGAAAAGUUGUCAGCUUUAUUGUCUGAGUCAGAGAUCAGUUCUGAUCUAUCACAGGCAGUUGAUGCUGGUAUUUCUAAUAAUGUGUAUCCAAUAUCAUCUUCUGUAAAGACAAUCAGCACAUCAGUCUUUAUCUUAGAAAGGGCUGAAUAUCGCCAUAAUAAAUGGACCAAUAGUUGUAUUGAUGUUGAUGAUUAUUGUCAGUGGAUUAGUGAGCAGCCCAAUAUGUUUGUAUUGCAUAUACCUUGCAUCAUAUCUCUGUCGAAGGGCAAACCUGAUUGGGUAUCUGAUAAAGUGUAUGCUGUGGUCUUACAGUUCUCCAGUUCAUCAUCAUACAUUAAACCACCAGAUAUUCGAAUACCCUCUAUAUCAAUGGGAGAAGAAGUGUCAAUUAUUGUAAAUAUAAAGGCAGUCAAGCCAUUCCCUGCUAGCUUUGAAAUCAAAGGAAUCUUUACAAAUGAUGAUGGUGACACUUGUACAUGUCCACUUGAGCCCAUUCAAAUUUACUUUCACGAGUUAUUCCAUUCUCCUCCAUUAGAUAAUGCCAAGGCUUCUGCUAAGGGACUUUUCAAUUUUUUAUGGGCAAAAAUUAAAAAUGAAGAACACUCCAGGAGCUGUCCUACUAAUGAAGGUGCACUCUCUGUCAUGAGAUUAGAACUAUCAUAUCAGAAACUUCAUGAUUCAUUGGUGAACAAACUUACCCCUUACUGCCCUUAUCUGCAACCUCUAAAAGAUGAAGGUUCCUAUGAAGUAUUAUUGUUCUUACCACCUCACUAUCACAUUCUGUUGAAGUGUUCUCCUGAUGAUACAACUAGCGUAGUUGAAAUAGCCACUGAUCUUUGGAUGCUCUUACCUUUUGUUGGAGAAUGGCUUAAGAAUAUAUCUUCUUAAAUUUAUAUGAUUUUAAAUGACUUUAAAUUGAGAGAAACAGUUUU